AUGCAGAACUUUGUGAAUGGGUUGAAAUUGAAGACUAAGCAACUUAUUGAUAUAGCUGCCGGUGGCUCAACUAAUUUCUCAACAACCACUGGUAUUAAGAAGAUUAUUGAGGCUAUUGCUGCAAAUGAGCAUUUGGAGCUAUAUGAUCGUACUGUGAGUCAACCUGAAGGAAAAAUUGAUUUAAAACUAGCAAAUCAGGUUGUGAACAUGGAAGACCAAAUUAAAGCUAAAGUGGGGAGAAGAUUGAAAGGUAUGAAUUUAGGUACUCAUACGGUAGCUCAAGUUCAACCUGCUCAAGCGAUGAUAGCACAGCAGAUCACGAGCUCUCAAGCACCAGGUGCUUUACCGAGUGCAACUGUGACAAAUCCAAGAGAGCAUAAUAAUGUGAGUGCAGUAACUACAAGAAGUGGAAAAGCGACCGAAGUGCCUGAAAAGAUAGUUGAGGAAGAAGAUACACUGCUUGAAAUGGAUCUUGAAAUCUUAGAAAACAAAACACCACCUACAGAAGAAGUAGUAUUGAAGCCAGUUGUGAAGGAAAAGCCCACUGAGCCAAAGCCCAUAAUAAAGCUCCCAUUUCCACAAAGGAACAAGAAGCAGAAGCAGGACGAGAAAAACUUUCAGAAGUUUGUAGAAAUGUUCAGGAAGUUGGAAAUCAACAUCCCAUUCUCUGAGGCACUCGAGCAGAUGCCUAUUUAUGCUAAAUUCAUGAAGGACAUCAUAUCCAAGAAGCGCACCACUGACACUGACUCUGUUAUACUAACUGAAACUUGUAGUGCUAUUUUGCAGGGUAUGAAGAUUCCAGCGAAGAAGCCAGAUAGAGGCUCAGUUACUAUUCUGUGCACCAUUGGAGAUAGGUCCUUUAAAAGGGCUCUGAUUGAUUUGGGGGCUAGUGUGAGCCUUAUGCCUUUGUCCAUCUACAGGAAACUCGGGAUUGGAAGAGUUCAAGACACCAGAAUAACACUUCAAUUUGCCGAUCACUCAGUGAAGAAGCCAUUUGGGAUUGUUGAGGAUGUUCUGGUUAAAGUUGAUAAAUUUGUUUUUCCUGUUGAUUUCGUAAUUUUGGAAAUGCCGGAAGAUGAGGAGAUACCUCUGAUUAUGGGUAGACCAUUUUUAGAGACAGGUAGAUGUAUGAUAGACAUUGAGAAUGGUACCAUGACUCUUAAGGUUUAUGAUGAGGACCUGAAAAUUAAUGUGAGAAACACUAUGAAGCACAAAGAGGAUAUAGGUACAAAUCACUCAGUGGAAGUGAUUAAUCAGAUAGUAGCCGACAACAUUCAGAGUAGUUUCCCAUAA